AUGGUUUACAUUCGGCAACAUGAAUUGGCGAAUCUGAAGAACUACAAAUAUGUUGGAGUCGACCACUCGCCUGUUAGUCGGUUUAUUCUCAAGCCGUUCUACAACAAAUGUGUGAUUCCCUGCUUCCCUAUGGGUAUGGCACCCAAUGCCAUCACCCUCAGCGGAUUCAUGUUCGUGGUAAUUAAUUUCCUCACCGUUAUGUGGUACAACCCGAACUUGGAUACGGACUGCCCGCCCUGGGUCUACGCCAGUUGCGCGAUUGGGUUGUUCCUAUACCAGACCUUCGAUGCCGUAGAUGGCAUGCAAGCACGGAGGACGAGACAGAGUGGCCCACUGGGCGAACUCUUUGAUCACAGUGUCGAUGCAUGCAAUACCGGUCUCAGCGUCUUGGUCUUCGCAGCGGCAAUGAACAUGGGCCAGUCCUGGAUGACCUUCAUCGCUCUAUUUGGCUCAACGAUGACCUUCUACGUCCAAACCUGGGAUGAAUACUACACGCAAAUCCUCACAUUGGGCGUGGUUUCUGGCCCUGUCGAGGGCAUCCUCACGCUGUGCGUCGUCUACCUCUUCACCGCCUACAUGGGCGGCGGCAGCUUCUGGAAUCAGGGCAUGCUGGAGACCAUCGGCGUAUCGAAGCCCAGCUUCCUCGCAAGAUGGGUGUACGACAUGCCAUUCACGCAGUGGUAUCUCGUGUAUGGCUCCAUCAUGCUCUGCUUCGCCAUCGGCUCGAGUAUCAUGCACGUCAUGAAGGUGCGUCGCGAGCGAGGCCAGGACCCCUUCUCGCCGCUCUAUGGCCUCCUGCCCUUGGCGGUUAUCUGGACUCUCAUUCCCGCCUACCUAUACCUUCAGCCGGUGAUUUUGAGAAACUACACCAUUCCCUUCGGUCUGUUUGUGAGUCUCAUCACUGCCUACUCUGUCGGCCGCAUUAUCAUCGGCCACCUCACUCAGACUAGUUUCCCCUAUCAAAAUGUCCUGCUGUACCCGCUCGCUCUGGGUGUUUUGGACAGCGCGGGUGCGCUGAUCGGCCUAUGGUCCGCUCCCGUGCUUGGGUAUGGCGUUGGGCAGGUGGCAUUCGUCUUCGGGUGCCUGGGACUGGCCAUCGGUGUAUACGGUAGCUUUGUGUUUGACAUUAUCACCACGAUAUGCGAUUACCUCGAUAUCUGGUGCCUCACAAUCAAGUACCCAUUCGUCGAGGAGACCGAGCGCAAGAGCGGUGUGUCGAAGAAGACCAAGUAA